CACAAUCAUGGGCCCCAAACGACAACCGUAUCGUGUAGGAUGAUAAUGGGCAAAAACAAAGUUUUUUGCAGUUUCAAACCACCCCCCUCUGGCUUGCGUUGCCCGUUGCUCGUAUCUGUCCAGGCCCGACGAUUACCGUUUAUCCCAAGGGGGACGGGGCGUGAUUUAAGGUCUUGGAAUUCAAUCUUGCCACCAAAAGGGGACCCCUCCUGGAGCCUUUCUGAUUAAUGUCGUUGAUGCUGCUCCUCUAGACCUUCUCUUGCCAGCCCUGCCAGCCCUGCGGCAACCAUGGCAGACUCCUCCACCACCGACCCGACCAUAGCGGGCAAUCGAUAUUUUCGAGUGACCGACGAUGACCAUCGCGGCGUCAUUCUGGUCGUCUCCAUCAUAUGCGCCGCAUAUGUUCCGAUGAUGCUGGCCCUCCGGGGCACUUUCACCAACAAAAGUAUCGGCCUCGAUGAUGGACUGGCUAUUGGUGUGUCAGUGGUGGGAUUGAUACAUAGCGUGCUGGUCUGGAUCGCUGUAUCCCAUGGGUUGGGAAAGUCGUAUGAGGACAUAGAUGCAUCCAAUGCGAGUUCCAUGGGCAGGCUGCUGCUCGCCUCGAUCGUUUUGUUCCUGUUCACCCUGUUCCUCACCAAAAGCUGUGUCAUUCUCCUCUGCCGAAAAUUAUUCAGCAUCAACAUGAAACGGCACCGGAUGCUGUGCGAUACCAUGACCGUCAUUUGCGCCUUCUGGUGCUUGGGGGCCAUUCUGGCGCUCACCAUCGAUUGCGACUCACUCCAACAACUUGGAUAUCACACCUCCUUCUGCCCAACCCUGACCAAGCGAUGGAGCGCAGUCGCAGUCGUGGACGGGAUUACCGAAGUCUUGAUCUUCUUGUUGUCGCUGGCCGUAGUCCUACCGCUCCACAUGAGCACGGAUCGUAAGGUCUCUGUUCUCCUCACUUUUGCACCAAGAUUGGCCGCGAUUGCACUGAUUGGCCUGCAUGCCCAUUACAUAGACGUCACCGUCCAUUCCUCAAAUCCCGGUGUCGAGAUCGUGACCCCCACCGUGUACCGACAAGUGCUGGUCCUUUUCGCCAUUGCUUCCGCUGCGCUACCUGCCCUUAACCGUGGCCUUCGAAAGUUCAACACGAGCAUGGGCAGUACAUGGAUGGACACGACCCUCUCGCAGGCGAGCGGAGGCAGAGACACGCACCAACAAGGCUCGAUCCCUCUCAAGUCGUUGAACAAAACGAACAAGAGCAGCAUGAACCGGAGCAAGAGAAGGUCCAUGGACGAAGAUGAGAUUGAUAGCGCGGAGAAAAACCCCAACUUUCGGCCUGACAAGGUCCAGCACAACACAACCGCAUACUGGGGCAAGUCAGUCGAUCCUGAUGCGCGAUCUGGACAGUCUCAAGAAAGCCAGAACAGCGAGGCCAAAAUCAUUCGCAAGGACAUGCAGUGGCGGGUCCAUUACGAGAAUCAAGGCCCCUCGUAAGCAGCCGUCCUUGUUCUGUCUGCACCUGCUUUUACUCUUACAGGGAUUUGUCGAUUGGAGCGAAUUGAGAUAUCAACGCGGAUCACAGGCGCAGUGAAGGUGUUACAAGACUAGAAAAGGACCCAUCGGGCGUGUUUGAUAUCAGCUUUGGCUACGUGCUAUUAUGGAGAAGCUUCUGGAUACAGAUUGGGACUGUUGUGGAUGAAUUUGAUGGAUCGAUACCCCCGGGGUUGGGAGAGGCGUGAAAAUCUUUGUGGUGGUUUCGACUUGCUUGUUCCAACGAAUUACGUCAAAAAAGUAUCCCCCAUUUCUGAAGUAUGUAACAACUGCUGUGUGAUGUGUGAGAGAGACUGUGUGAGUAGCUGGGGAGAAUACUAGGUAGAGUCGUGUACAGUAUGGCAGGACAUGGAGGUUUGUCACACAAGAUAACCACUGACGCACCCGCACCCGCUCCCACACCCACACUUACCUCAUUACUCC